AUGCUUCCCAGGUCCCCACCCUGGGCAGUCCACUCCUAUGCCGAUGAAGGCUGGCCCGGUGUAUCCGUGCUCUGGGGAAAGGCCCCACCACGGGCAACGUUUCAGUACCCCGAGACCACCAUGCUGGAGCAGGCCCAAGGCAGCAGUCCUGAGCGGACGGAGCGGAGACGGGAGAGACGUCCGGCCGGCCGGCCCCGGAGCCGCCCGGGCACCAGCACAUGCCGCUUAGAGGCCUGUGGGGCCCCAAGCAGCCAGGCCAGGGCCCCGGAAACGGUGCCACACCCGCCCGCCCCAGUCCCAAGGGAACGCCCAGCAGCCCGCCCGAACCCUCGUCCUAGCUCUGACCACGGAAUCAGCGGCAUAACCAAACAGGGCCAGCGCCGGCCACUGCUCAGCGUCAAUGGUUAUGCCGUGGCGCAUGACGCAGCUCCUUGUUGCCUCAUGGGGCUGCUGGGCGACAACGGGCACCGCCGCGGCCGCCGCCGUUCCCCGGGGCCCGGGCGCCCCCCGCGCGGCCGCCGGGCGGCCGCCGCCGCGCACCUCUCGUCCGCGGGACCGGACGUUCCACCGCUGCCCGCCGCCCGCGACCCCGACGCAGACCCUGCCUGGACGCUGAGGUUCAGCCCGACGCCGCCCAAGUCUGCAGACGCACCGCGCGCUCCCGGCUCCCCGACGGCGUUCUCCACGGUUGCCGCCGCGCCCGGCCGCCCCGAGGACCACGCGCCUUUCCGCGCCGCGGCAUCCCCGCCGCCGCCGGCCCUAGAUCCCGCCCGGGAGGACCCCGACUCUCCGUCCGGCCGCCCCGAAAACCACGCGCCCCCGCAGUCCGCGCCCCCGUCGCUGAACGCCGCCCUUCUGCAGACCCUGGGGCACCUGGGCGACAUCGUGGCCAUCUUGGGUCCGCUGCGCGACCAGCUGCUGACCCUGAACCAGCACGUGGAGCAGCUGCGCGGCUCCUUCGACCAGACCGUGUCCCUGGCCGUCGGCUUCAUCUUAGGCAGCGCCGCCGCCGAGCGAGGCGUCCUGGCCGACCCGCGAGAUUGAGGCCUGGCUGCUCCGAUCCUUUCUGUACGAUCACGUUCCCUCCGCCCUGACCCCAUCCUGCGGCCCUCCCCUACUCCAAGUCUAGGUAUGUUCAAUAAAAAGAUUGUUUUUUU